AAAUAAAUAAUUACUAUACGAACCCGACAAAGUACAAAAUCACCGAAUUUGAACACUAACUAAUAAUACUAAUACAUUGUCGCACCUAUUUUUCCCAGUUUCUUCUCCUUCGUAGGAUUCUCUCCUCCUGUUUUCCAAUGGAGGGAUCUUGUUCGCUCAUCAGGCGCGUGUAUCUCACCCUCUACAACUGGGCCGCCCUCGUCGGCUGGUUUCAAGUGUUGUAUUUGGCUGUGAAGACUCUGAAAGAGUCCGGCCAUGAAGGGGUAUACGACGCCGUUGAACGCCCUCUUCUGCUUGCUCAAUCCGCUGCCGUUUUGGAGAUUCUUCACGGGUUGGUAGGUCUUGUGAGAUCUCCAAUCACAGCAACACUGCCACAGAUAAGUUCAAGAUUGUAUGUGACUUGGGGGAUCUUGUGGAGUUUUCCUGAGAUUCGGAACCAUAUACUUGUGAGCUCUUUGGUCACCAGCUGGUCUAUUACAGAGAUUAUACGAUAUUCUUUCUUUGGGAUGAAGGAGGCGCUUGGUUCCGCGCCUUCAUGGCUCAUGUGGCUCAGGUAUAGUACCUUUUUGGUUUUGUAUCCUACUGGAAUUGCCAGCGAAGUUGGUCUCAUUUAUGUUGCCCUGCCAUACAUCCAGAAAUCUGAGAAGUACUGCAUAAGGAUGCCAAACAAAUGGAACUUCUCUUUCGAUUAUUUCUAUGCCGCACUUCUUGUCUUCGGUAUCUAUGUCCCAGGUGGUCCUCACAUGUACAGUUACAUGCUUAAGCAGAGGAAGAGAGCUCUCUCGAAGUCCAAGAGGGAGUAGUAAGCGCAGCAAAAUUCAAAUAUGUUGUCUCAUGGUUUUUCCAUCUCACACUCGAUUCGAAGAUUCUGUCUUAGACGGAGUUGUAACCUCAGAAAGGUUUUUGGCCAGUGUAGUUCUUUGUUUUUUUUUGUCUCAAGUAUU